CGCCCACAGUGUCGCGACGCUUUUAUGACGUGCCUUCCUGCUUCAAUACGCUCUACACGACGAGCAAUUGUCGACUACUCCAUUGCGGCCUCUCUCAUUCGCGUGACUCAUCUGCCAGCGCAACGGCAACGCGCCGCCGCCUCGAAUCAAAUUUGUCGCCGAGCCCCCACCAUCCCCCACCACUCAACUCUCCCCCGCCGCACUCGUUCUUUUUCCUCAAUCCCUCGUCUCGCCGCGAAGAUUGAUACAAUGGGCAAGGAUAAGGGUCCCACGUUUAACCUCAAGACCCCUAAGGGCACCAAGGACUGGUGCGGGUCCGACGCUAUCCUCAGAGACCGCAUCUUCACUACCAUCGCCGACGUUUUCAAGCGCCACGGCGGCACUGCCCUCGAUACCCCCGUCUUUGAGCUGCGCGAGAUUCUGGCCGGAAAGUACGGUGAGGAUUCUAAGCUCAUCUACGACCUGCAGGAUCAGGGUGGUGAGAUCUGCUCGCUUCGUUAUGACUUGACCGUCCCCUUUGCGCGUUGGCUGGCCAUGAACCCGGAUGUUCGCAGCAUCAAGCGUUACCACAUUGCGAAGGUGUACCGCCGAGAUCAGCCCGCCGUCAGCAAGGGCCGCAUGCGCGAGUUCUACCAGUGUGACUUUGAUAUUGCCGGUACUUUCGACGCUAUGGUUCCCGAUGCCGAGGUCAUGCGCAUUGUUAGCGAGGUGUUCGAGGAGCUGGGCUGGAAUGGCCGGUAUACUAUUAAGAUCAACCAUCGUAAGAUUCUGGACGGUGUGUUCCAGGUCUGCGGUGUCCCGGAGGACAAGAUUCGUCCUAUCUCUAGUGCCGUUGAUAAGCUGGAUAAGAUGCCUUGGGCGGAUGUGCGCAAGGAGAUGGUCGAGCAGAAGGGCCUUGAUGGUGCCGUGGCCGAUCUUAUUGAGACCUACGUGAUGAACAAGGGUGGACGUGAGCUGUUGGAGAAGCUGCUCCAGGAUGAGAAGCUCACUGCCAACGCCUCCGCCAAGGCUGGUCUCGACGACAUGGCUCUGAUGAUGGACUACUUGGAGGCUUUCAACGUUCUGGAUAAGAUCUCGUUCGAUAUGUCUCUGGCCCGUGGCUUGGAUUAUUACACUGGUGUCAUCUACGAGGUUGUCACCGAGGGCUCCGCCCCUGCUGUGCAAUCUGAUGCCCCCGAGGCUGAGAAGCUGAAGAAGGCCAGCAAGAAGGGCAAGUCCAAGAACUCCGAGGACGAGGACCGAUCCGAUGACCCCACUCUGGGCGUCGGCAGUGUUGCCGCUGGUGGUCGUUACGAUAACUUGGUGGGCAUGUUCCUGCCCAAGGCUCAGAUUCCUUGCGUGGGUAUCUCAUUCGGUGUCGACCGUAUUUUCUCCAUCACCAAGGCACGUCUCGAGCGUGAGCAGAACGCGAAGACCCUGCGUAACAGCGAGGUUGACGUUCUCGUCAUGGCCUUUGGCGGCAAGGGCUUCACCGGUAUGCUCAAGGAGCGUAUGGACAUUUGCCAGAAGCUGUGGAGCGCCGGUAUUAAGGCCGAGUUCUCCUACAAGGCCAAGCCCAAGCCUCAGCAGCAAUUCAAGGCCGCUGAGGAUGGCGGUAUUCCCUUCGGUAUCAUCAUUGGCGAAGACGAGCUUGCCGCCGGCAAGGUCAAGAUCAAGGAGAUGGGUCUGGACAAGGACCACCCCGAGAAGGAGGGUGUCGAUGUCGAACUGGCCUCUCUUAUCCCCGAGCUGCAGUCUCGCCUUGCAAAGAAACAUGGCGGAUCUGUCAUUAGCUUGGCUCAACAGCUGCAGGGUGUGCAAGUCUGAUUUAUCUGCAUUCCAUUUACACAAAAAGUGAAUGACCGGGGCGUUUAAUUUCUUCUUAUCUCUUUUUUGUUGUUUCUAUGUUACCCCCUCCCUUCUCCGGAAGCUUAGCAUCCCUCUCCUCCCACCCUUUUCUCCUCUAAAAUAUAGAUUCCACCUUACCUGUCUUUGCAUGUGCCCAAGCCAUUGGCAUUUCCUGUACCUUGAAAAGACUUGGGGGUGUUUGCAUCACCAUAACAUACCUUGGGCAUGACCGAUACCCAAUACAAUAUAUGCUUGCAAUUUUUAGCAUCAACUGUUUAUACACUCUCAUGGUGUCUGCUUGCCAAUUUGGAAGACGCUUGAAAGCGACCGAAUAUCAAGUACCUCGAACUCAGUACAUUGAAGACAGAAGUGGAAGGAGAAAAAUAUUUCGGUAUUGUAGAAAGGAAACUAGAUAUACAUAUAAACAUACAGAAAGGACCGACAUCGUCCUCUAGCACGCCUAGUACCCCUCAGCAUUCUUCAUCAGGAACGACUUCACAAACGGCAGCUUGUCAAUCACAUCCAGACCCAAGCUACGAGCCCAGGUAACGGGACCCUGACCAGGGAUGUUAUACAUCUUAUGCAACAGAUCGCAAGCACCCCCAAUCUUGGCAUUAGUCAGGUACCGCUCCGACGAGUACCGUUCCAGGGUCAAAAGAUCACCGAUAUCCAUACCGUGCGAGACCGCGUACUCAAUCGUUCGCGAGAGCGCGGCCACGUCUGCGAGACCGAGGUUCAAGCCCUGGCCGGCCAGAGGGUGAAUGACGUGCGCGGCGUCACCGACGAGGGCGACACGCGGAGAGAUAUACUGCGCUGCGUGGCGGAAACGGAGCGGGAAAGAUGCUACGGUGCCCGUUUGCACGCCCGUCGCGAAGGGUGGGAUGUGUGCGGGGAGAGGGGUGUGCUGAAUGCGCCAGGAGAGCUCGUCCUCGUGAGAGGUAGAUUCUGACGCUGGCUGUGCCAUGCCCAUCAUGUACUUGAGAUCUGUCAUGGACAGGCGGAAGGCUGCGUUGACCAUGGCCAGGAAGGCCGGUGCGGGGAGGGAUUUGAGGUAUGCGGCGUUCUCGGGGGUCGUGGACCAGACAAGGGUGGCGUUGUUGUUGGGGAGAGGGAGGAGAGCAAUCGGGCCACCGAGUGCUGGGAGGAAGCGCUGGUAGGCUGUGCGCAUGUUGGCCGGGAAUGGAGGAGUGUCGGGGUCGGCGAGGGAGAGUGUAGCCACGAUGCCGUGUCGGUUAUAGUCCCAGCCGUGGGUUGGGAUAUCGGCGAACGAGCGGACAGGGCUGUUGAUUCCGUCCGCGCCGACUAGAAGUCUCGCCGCGAUUCGAGAGGACGGUUGGGUCUCUGCGGCAGCUCCCGUUGGCUUGAUAGAGAGAACAGGCCAAGCUGACAGAUCCGGUCCCUGGGGUUGUAGAUCGGUUCCAUUCUCAAUACCCGCAACGGUAGUGUUCGAAAAGAGCUUCAGAUUCUCGUCUCCGGAGGCAGCAAUUCUGCGCAACAGUCCGCGCACCAGGUUCGCAUUCUCCGUCAUCGUCGCCACGGUGCGCGGAUCUUCGAAUGCAGGCGUCUCCAUCGACCAGUCAAAUGAUAUUCGGGAUCCGCUCUCGCCAUCCCAUACCUGCAUCUCCUGAUAGUCUUGCACACGCUGCGUAUCCAGGUGCUCCCAAGCACCAAUUUUCUGCAAGAAAGCCUUGGAGGAUGGCGUCAAGCUGCUGACUCGGUUAGAGAACUGUGUCGAGUCCAUAUUCCAGGACCGCGCCUUAUUGAGGUCUUGGCUUUCGAUCAGGGCGACCUUCAGCUUCGAUGUGACGGGGGA